AUGGACAUCAAGCGUUGCUCUGAGCCUAAAUGCAAGAAUAGAGCCAAAUGCGUAUGCAAUUGCCCUUUUUCGGAAACUUAUUUGUGCAAAAAGCACAUUAAGGAGCACUAUACUUUACAUAAUGGCAAGCAUAAUUCCGAGAUGAUACUUUGAAAUGUGCUGAUUGAAGAGACUAAACAAGAAAUUCUAGAGUUCCUCGAGCAAGAAAAAUCUAAAAAUUUCAAAUUAAGAAAAAAAAUAAGAAGAGCUUCCAAUGAAACCAUUCGGAUCUUAAAAAAUAUUAGUGAAGAGUUAAUAAAAGAGAUGAUGUCAGAUUUUUCUUAAUUAAGUAUUAAGCGUGUCAUCUGUUUCUGCACCCACCUUUUUAACUCUGAAUUCAUGACUCACUGAUAUCUACUUUGUUGCCUUUAAAUCUGAUAUCAUGCGACUUUCGUCAAAACGCUAAUCUCUUUCGGAUAAAAAACCAUGAGAUGCGUUAAUCGCUCUUCCUAUUGCGUGUAAUAUCUCCUUUUCUGGGAGUGUAAACCUAAAACCCUCCUUAAUUUAUUCUGUAUAUUACAUAGCGGAUAAAGUGUCACUAGCAAAACUGAAACCUAUAAUUUAAUAAAAUCAUGAUAGGAUGAAAAAUUUUCGUAAAGAAGUUGCUCCAACUGAUUAAUUUUAUGUUAUGUUAGAUUGGACAUUAAUGAAUGAUUACUAUCUAAAGAUUUCCCAAGCAGAAAAAUUAUCGAAAUCAGAGGAUGACCUAACUUUGAACUUAUUAGCUCUUCGCACUGAUAAAGCUAUUAAAAUAAUCAAAGACCAAUUUUCACCAAGCUCUGUAAACUCAAGAAAUGCUGAAGUUUUUUGUAUACUAAGUGAAGAAAUUGAGCAAAUAGCAGAAUUGCUUAAGAAAGAAAAAUCGGAAGCUAAGCUAGAUGAGAAACUUUGUAAAUUAGAAAAACUCCUCAAAGAUCAUGAUAUAAAUCAGAAAAAUGCAGAUAAACAAUUGGCAAAUGAGGAAGAUUAUUCUAGCAAUGCAGCUGAGAUUUAUUUAAAAUGCCUUCUUUAUCAUAAAUCUAAUGAUUCAAUUAGCACUAUCCCAAAUAAGGAUAUAACUUACGAUUGCAUUGGAAGCUUAUUUUAUAAUGAAAAUAGAUACGAAGAAGCAGUGCAACAUUUCAAUGAUGCAAUUGAAGCUAAUCCACAUUAUGCAAUUUACUAUUCAAAUAAAGGAGAUGCCUUAAAUAAAUUAGGUAGGAAAGAAGAAGCUUGAAAAUGUUAUAAUGAAGCAAUUGAGAAAGGAAAAAAUCAAGAUGAAAUCUAUAAUAAUGUUGGAAACUUCCUAUAUAAUGAUUGCAGAUACAAAGAAGCAAUAGAAUAUUAUAAUAAUGCAAUUUGAAUGAAUCCAAAUAAAGCGCUUUAUCAUCAAAAUAAAGGAGACACUUUAUAUAGACAAUACAAAAUAGAUGAAGCUAUAGAAUGCUAUGAACAAGCAAUUUGAAUAAAUAAAAACCAAGAUGCAUUAUACUGUAAAAUUGGAGAUAUCUUAUUUCAACAAGCAAAAACCAUAGACUGGCAGAUAUUCUUUUUUAUUCCCGAUAUAUCUGUUAUUCAAGGAGGACGGUCAAGUGAUGAUAAAAAAAUAGAAUAA